AUGAGAUAUUCCCAUGGGACGCUAAUAUGGGUCAAGUGCGAUGAUGGUUGCUGGUGGCCCGCUAAGGUCAGGGAUGUGGAGACGGAAAUUAUUCGCCUUCUGGACGAACCGGUCGCAUUUUGUGUGGGAUUUUAUCAUGAUCCAAACCAGCUUUACCCAAUUCUCUCAUCUGAUCUGCAUUGCAUACACCUUUUCCAUGCUGAUUUUUCAUCCCGUUCCCCGGAAGAACGCCCUUGGUUUAACAACCCGACCACGCGCCGUGCUGUAGAUCAGGCACUCAGAGACGCUGGUGCUUCGUUAAAUGCCUCGGAAAGGCAGAAUACAACGCAAGGUAUCCCAGACAAUAUUGAUGAUCCUCUUAGACUACGUGGACAGAUGAACGAGGGGUUGGAAACACCACUUUCCAUCGAUGAGUUGCGAAACAUUCAGUUGUUAAUUUCUGCCGUUGGUGGCGAAACCGCUAAUCAACUCCGUGCAACACUUGCUCGCAAUGGGUUUGAGAUUCCUACGCGUAAGGUUAAGCGGCGACAGCGACAGGAGCUAACGAUGCGGAGGUCAUCCCGGCCCAGGAUAACCACCCCACCACGGCGUGUUAAGCCCACGCCCCCUUGUGAGGCGGUGACUGCCGCUUCAGUGAUGUCCGGGUGCCGCCUUGUCGAAGAUGACCUGGAACCUCAACCUGACAAGACUAUUAACUUUUCUGCAGGCGACGUUGCGCCUGUGGUAGCCAGGAUGACAGACCACGGAUCCGAGGUCAGACAAAGGGGAACGCGUGAAAAGAGUAACGCGCGGUUUGUAGUCCCACUCAGCUCAGAUGUGUUGAAUGUAUUACGAAGCGAGGUGUUUGAGAAUUCAAUGCGAUUUGUGCUCUCGCCUGUGUUCCGCUUUAUUGAACUUUUAGGUGCUGUUGAGGUAGACACUGAGCCUGUAGUGUGUAGGCUGCCCUCUCCAAGGGCACUUCGCGAGACACCUCCAGAUGGUUUUGCCUCCAACCGUCACGUUUUAUUGGUGCCUCUGACAAAGGAAAACUAUCUUCACACCAGCGGUUGGAUGGUUCCUGUGGUUGUGGACGGGAAAAAUUUGGCCAUGAUUCUCAAGGUUAACGGUGUGGUCACACCAACCCCUCCGAAUUGGAACCUUGCACCUGGAAAGGAAGCGAACGCCAUCAAGACUUCUCCAGUUGCGGACAUUACGCAUUUGGUCAUGUCUCAGGAGGAUGACCUUUUUGUUCUUGAGAUAGGCUUCACAUGGAUUCCAGACGACACCUUUCUGUGGUCUGGCAUUGUGGCUUGCAUAUUCGUAGAGAAGAUUCCAUUGGAUACAAUCAGUCGGCAGAUUGUGGGAAAUUACUGUGGGGAUGCUAGUGUAGGCACUGCAUUUGCUCGUGAUGGACCCGUUACCUGUGAUGCGGUGCGGGUCACUGAAGUAAGCGUAAAGGUGAAGUGCCCCUUGACAUCACUUCCCAUGGUAAUACCAGCCCGCACGCUUACAUGUGCACACAUGCAAUGUAUGGAGCUCGAGACAAUCCUGGUACGGUUCACACAAAGUAAUCUUUGGAAUUGUCCCCUAUGUGGAGCACCAUCACGACUUCACGAGAUACGUGUAAAUUAUAGACUGAAGGAAUGGUUGGAUACCCACCGCAACGAAAUAGACCGCGUCGAUUACAUUAUAGAAACCCCCUUAGGUAGUCAACUGAGAUUACAAUGGCGUGAGGAGGAUGUUAAAGAGACAUAUUUUAUUGAAGACUAA